AGAUCGGCGGCGAGGAAGGAUCUUCUCUGGCCUGAAAUUUGAUCGGUCGUCGGAAAUUUGUUCUGGCCGGUUGGGUUGGGGGCAGUCAUUUGGGCAGGAUAGAAAUGGGUGGGGAAGUGGGGUAGGGUGGAGGGUAUUUUGGGAAAGUCAAGGAAAUUUUUACAUUUUCUUAAUGUGUGUGCCCGGUCAAACCGGGAACUUUAAUAGUGGACGGAAGGAGUAUAAAAUUCUAAUUUGGCCCAAAUGCACGGAAGUUAACAUAGAAACGGGAGAAAAAAACUGCAAACGGAAGACAGAAGAUUGACGAAGCAGCGCCGCACCGCAGCAUCUGAGGUUUAUUGGCCCCGGGAACUCAAAAAAAAAAAACUCUUCCAUUCGCCCCCAGCCGUCGGCCGCCGGAAAAUCGUCUAGAACUAUUUCAAGCCUUCAAAUUCAAAGCAAUGUCUCGUAUUUGCGUGAAGAAUUUACCCAAGUAUGUAUCGGAGGACCGCAUACGAGAGUUCUUCUCCCAAAAGGGAGAAGUUACUGACGCCAAGCUCAUGCGCACCUCAGAUGGGAAGAGUAGACAGUUCGGGUUCGUUGGAUUUAGGACAGAGCAAGAAGCCAAUGAAGCAAUCAAGUACUUCAACAGGUCUUUCAUGGAUACUUCUCAAAUUACUUGCGAGAUUGCUUGGAAAAUUGGUGAUCUAAAUGCCCCACGCCCAUGGAGUAGACACUCAUUGAAAAGGAAAGAGAUGCCAUGUGAAGUAGACAAGGAAAUACCAUCCUCAAAAAAUAAAAAGAAUAAAGGGUUAGAAGGGGACAAUAAGUUGUGCAUUGAGGAAAGUGAAAAUGAUGACCCUAAAUUUCAAGAGUUUGUCGAGGUUAUGCAACCUCGAAGUAAAUCUAAGAUGUGGGCAAAUGACUCAACUGUAGCUCCCUCUCUCACGGAAAAUAAAAAGCCAAUUGAGAAGAAAUGUCAAAUGCAGAAGGAAACUGCUGCCAAGACGAAUAGUGACAAUGAUGAUAAAUAUAAAGAGCCAUUUAAUGAUUACAAUGCUGAAAAACCAAAGAGUUUUGUCUAUGAUGAUGUUGUGUCAGAUAUGGAUUAUUUCAAAAGAAGAGUAAAGGAGGACUGGUCAGGUUCAGAAAAUAGUGAUGAAGAUGAAAAUGAAGAUGAAGAUAAAGAUGAUGAUGGUGAUGAAGACUGCAAUGAGGAAGAAGAAACUUCAUUUAGAAAGAGCAGUGAUGGUAUAGAUGCCCAUGAGUUUGAUGAUAACAAAAAGGAGGGCACUGAUAGACAGUCUGUAGAGUCUAGCGGUGAAAUGCUUGAAUCAGGUGAUCCUUCACUUAACAAAGAUGAAGAAGCUAUUCUUGAGAGUGGACGCCUGUUUAUCCGCAACUUGCCUUAUUCUACUACGGAAGAUGAACUGGGAGAGCAUUUCAGCAAAUAUGGUAGUGUCUCAGAAGUUCAUAUCGUUGUAGAUAAAGAAGCGAGGCAAUCAAAGGGGUUUGCAUAUAUUCUUUACUCUCUCCCAGAAGAUGCAGCUAGGGCAUUAGAAGAGCUGGACGGUUCAAUAUUUCAAGGAAGAUUAUUGCAUGUUAUGCCAGCGAAGCAAAAAAUUUCUUCUAAGAACCAAGAGGUCAAUGGGUCUGGUAAACAAUCGUCACAAACACUCAAAGAUCAAAGACUGGAAGAUAGGAAGGCAUCUGAAGCGAGUGGAAAUACACAAGCAUGGAACACUCUAUUCAUGCGCCAAGAUACAGUUGUGGAAAAUAUUGCAAGGAGACUAGGUGUUAGUAAAUCUGAUCUUCUAGAUAAAGAAGCUUCCGAUCUUGCCGUACGUAUAGCCUUAGGAGAAACAAAAGUUAUUGCUGAUACAAAACAAAGUUUAGUGAAAGCUGGAAUAAAUGUUUCUUCUCUGGAAGAAUUUGCUGCUGGGAAAUCUGACAAUAUCAAAAGAAGCAAUCAUGUUAUACUAGUAAAGAACUUGCCUUACAGCUCAUCUGAAAGUGAACUUGCAAGUAUGUUUGGGAAAUUUGGAGGCAUAGAUAAAGUUGUUCUUCCUCCAACUAAGACUUUGGCUUUGGUGGUCUUCCUUGAACCAGCUGAGGCACGCACAGCUUUCCGGGGGUUAGCAUACAAACGCUUCAAGGAUGCUCCUUUGUAUUUGGAAUGGGCUCCUGGCAAUAUUCUUGAUCAAACAGGUGAUUCAGAUAAUACUAUGAUUGUUGGCGAUGGCGGCGAAGAUGUCAAAAAAGUUUUACUAGAGCACCAAUUAGAAAGUACAACUGAUGCUGAUGUUGAUCCUGACAGAGUGGAGUCAAGGUCACUCUAUGUGAAGAACUUGAACUUCAAAACAUCUGAUGAGAGCUUAAAACAGCAUUUCAAUGGAAGCAUGAAAGACGGAAAAAUAAUAAGUGCCAGGGUGAAAAAGCAUACAAAGAAUGGGAAGAUUGUUUCAAUGGGUUUUGGAUUUAUUGAGUUUGAUUCUGUGGAUACUGCAAUAAAUGUGUGCAGGGAUUUACAGGGCACUAUUUUAGACGGACAUGCCCUGAUUUUGCAACUCUGUCAUGCUAAGGACAGACAAGGACAAGCAUUAAGCAAAGUUGAGAAGGACAAGAGCUCAACCAAAUUGCUUGUGAGAAAUGUUGCAUUUGAGGCAACAGAGAAAGAACUAAGGCAGUUGUUCAAUCCAUUCGGCCAGAUAAAGAGCUUAAGGUUACCAAUGAGGUCUGGAAGCCAUAGAGGAUUUGCAUUUGUAGAAUUUGUUACGAAGCAAGAAGCCCAAAACGCCUUUGAAUCCCUUUCUAGUACUCACUUUUAUGGGCGCCAUCUGGUUAUGGAAAGAGCCAAAGAAGGCGAGAGCUUAGAGGAACUGCGAGCCCGCACAGCUGCCCAAUUCGCUGCGAGUGAGCACAAUGGCUUCCAACCGUCAUCUAAAUUAUCAAAGAAAAAGAAAGGCAUGGCUUUAGACAGAGUUUGAAAUGAAUGAAUCUCACAUUAGUAAGUGUUUCAUUUAAUCUUUUAUGUCGUGUAUGAUCCUUAGCCCUCUUGUGUAACAUUAAGGCGAUGAAACUUAGGAUUAUGUUUGAAAUAAUUUUGAUUCAGAGGACAGAACCUUUUCCUCUUCAUUUUGUCUUGGUGAAGUCCAAUGAUAUUACCUGGUCUAUAUUCAUUCAUUUUAUAUCUUGGGGUUUAGACUGUUUACGUCUUCCAAGAUAUGGA